GAGAGAGCUGCAGCUGGGUGGGGCUGUGCACAGACACCCUUCGACACGCAGCUUUGGGGAUGUUUUUAUUGAAGGGUUUGUGUGUGUGUAUGAAGUCAUGUGCCAACUGUUGUGAAACACGGGCCUCAUUAAACAUGCAGUCUGUUCCUUUGCAUUAUCGUGUGAAUUUCCUUCUGCAUGUUCCCGGCCAACAUGGCCAGACUUGCCUUUCCUGCGUUCGUAACGUCCGCUAGCUGCCUGGCCUCCGUCCUCUCCUCGAAGGCCUCUCCUCUCAGCUGCCCUCCUCCAACUGGUCCAAUUUCGGUCAUGUUCAGACUGAUUCUGCUGGCAACAAAAAGCUGUUUUGGAAAAACCUGGGCUGUAUUCCCUCAUGCCCUGACAGCACGGAGCCCCACUCAGCCUGCCCACGCUGUUCCUGUUCACAGCUGUGGCCGCGCCCACGAGGAGCCCGUGAAACCCUCUCUGGAGGCAGCCUGGUGUCCUGUGCCUUGGGGCCGGGAGCUGAGACUCCCUUCCUCGCUCUGGCCUUCGUCCCCCCUGCUGUAGCGUGGAGAUCAUGUUCACCCACGGCGGGGAAGUGGGGCGCCGGCUGUAAAGCGCUGUAUGUGAGGUGUUGUCACCAGCCCUGCGACGAACCCCAGCCUGAGCCACAAGAGCAGGGCAAGUUGAGUGGCACUGAAACGAGGGGUUAAAUUCAGAGCGGUUGUGAGAGGUGUUGUCAGACUUGCACCCACGCCUUGGGCUGAGCGGCUGUGCAGUGCGUGCUUGGGAACUGGGGAAGGUGUGAGUGAAAGGAAGCGGGGGAGGGGUGGCUAGUGUUGAAUUUUGCACCUUUUACCCAGUCUCAGGGUUGUUGUUUUUGGGGGGGGCGGGGGGUUGGCAAUGUUCCUCUCUGGCCCCUGAGCUUGUGAGUUAUCUCAGCCCCCGCCCCCUCCCUGGGUGAUGUAGAGGGGACGUGGGUGGGAGUCCGGGGUGCUGCGACAUGCACGGAGAGAUGUGACUUGUCCCCUCUUGCAAUCCCUGAGGACUCAGCGGCUUAGGCCUGUAUCUAAUCCCCACCUUGAUCCAGCCAUGGUGGCUCCGGGUUGCUCUGGGAGGCCGCUGGGCAUCAAGGGAAGGCUUCUGCCUCUGCCCCUUUGUGAGACAGUGGAAGGCUGGCUGGGCAGGUUACUCCAGCCACACUCUCCAGGCACUGCCCCCUCCCCGUGACAGGGGUGUGGAACAAACCAAACAAGCAAAGGUUACAGCAGCAGUUCAGUCAACAGCAACCUGCGAGGGAGAAAAGCCCCUCGGUGCUGAGCGCCACCACCGCCUGCAGGAGCCCAGCCAGGAGGAGGAGCUGGGACGCUUUUUGCUCUGGAAUCAACAGAAGAGGCUACAGUCGGCAUGGAGGCAGCGAGCCAAGGGGACGGCGCAGCAGCGCUGUCCAACGACAAGAUCUUUGUGCUGACUUGCGUCUACCUGGCGGCCUUAUCUCUGAGCCUCGUCGGCAGCAGCUCGGUCCUUGCUGUAUCCACCCUCAGGAGGAGAUGCUUCCACAGCCAGCUGCUCCCCCUCUUCCUGCUCUCCAUGGCAGACUUCCUGGCUGCCUUGGUGCUGAUCAUCACGGCUGCCAUCCAGCUCCUUCCAGCCCAACUCUUUGUCCUGGCUUACGAGUUCUGCCCCUACGGCCUGAUGCUGGCCCUGAUGUUCUACGCUAUCUCCUUCCUGAUGGUCAUUGUCUAUGCCUACGAGGUGAACCGCACCAUCCGUGGCUGGAGAGUGACGCACAUGACAGCUCCGCAGGAGAGGCGCAGGUGCGCGGAGAGGGCGCAGCACUGCCUGCCCUACGCCCUGGCCUGGCUGCUGCCCGCCCUCCUGUUCCUGGGCCAGCUGCUGCUGAGAGGCACGUCAGUGAGAGACGUCGCUCCCAUGGCCGUCGAACCCGGCAUGCCCCGCACGGCCAACCGCUCCCGAGGGGCCUACAGCCUGUACUGCUCCAGCUGCCUGGUCCUCGUCCAUCGCGCGCAGGACGCCUGCUCCAAGUACACGGGCGGGAAGGACACGGGCCUGGAGAUGAAAAUCAUCUUCUUCCUGUCCCUGCUGCUGGUGCUGAGCUGCUGCACCUUCCUGUACUGCAGGGUGAAGCUCUGGUGCAGGAGGAACAGUGAGGUGCGGUUGAUGUACAUGGAGAACGACGGCUUCGCCAGCAGGAACAUCCAAAGCGUUUGCAAAAUUUCUCGCUGCUUCCAGCUGGUUUUCCUGAUCUGCUGGACCCCAGCCUUCCUGCUCAGCAUCCUCUCCUUCACCAGCAUCGAGCCCGCCUCCAUCUUUGCACUUCAUGUUGCCAUGGGUGCUUCAGAAUUUCAGACUGGGAAUGAAAAACGACAUGGAGAAAUCACCAGAGGGAAACUGGCAGCUGACAAAGGACAUCUGAGAAGGCGUAGACGCAUCCAUCAACACCUGAAGAACAAGGAAGCAGCACUGGACUGGGGGGGAGACCCUGACUGAGAGAGGUUCAGCCAGUACGGCUGCUGGAACAUGUGAUUUCCACAAGUCCAAAUGCUCGUUUGCUUAUCUCCCCACCAUCCCCACCGCCGGGGGAAGCUAAGACAUUAGAACCGGCUGCCGUUAAAGUUUUAAGAAUGCCACACAGGAUGAGAUCUGAUGGGAGGGAAUGAACAGCAGGAGCUGAGUGAGACUCAGAAAACACUGUCAUCACAACUCCCCUCCUUGGAACAAAUUAGAGGGAGAAGCCAAUGCGAUUCUAACUGGAAUGUCUACCAUCGGUGCAAGUCGCUCUCUAACAGAGCAGGAACAGAAGAGGGGCUGAAAAAAGCAACCAUUACCAUGACCAGGAACAGACAUCCAGACAGGGCUCUUAACAAAUACUAUGGUAGGGCACGAACCCUCAAGAACUAAAUACUGGGGCUGUCGAUUAAUCACAGUUAACUCAUGCGAUUAACUCAAAAAAAUUAAUCGAGAUUAAAAAAAUUAAUCGUGAUUAAUCGCAGUUUUAAUUGCAAUGUUAAACAGUAUAAUACCAAUUGAAAUGUAUUAAAUAUUUUUGGACGCUUUUUUACAUUUUUAAAUAUAUUGAUUUCAAUUACAACACAGAAUACAAAGUGUACAGUGCUCACUUGAUAUUAUUUUUGAUUACAAAUAUUUGCUCUAUAAAAAUGAUGAACAAAAUAAAUAGUAUUUUUCAAUUCACCUCAUACAAGUACUGUAGUGUGAGCUCUUUAUCGUGAAAGUGCAACUUACAAAUGUAGAUUCUUUUUUGUUACAUAACUGAACUCAAAAUCAAAACAAUGUAAAAUUUUAGAGCCUACAAGUCCACUCAGUCCUACUUCUUGUUCAGCUAAUCACUAAGUGAAACAAGUUUGUUUACAUUUAUGGGAGAUAAUGCUCCCCGCUUCUUAUUUACAAUGUCACCUGAAAGUGAGACACCCCAAAACAUCUCUUUCGUAUGGCACUUUUGUAGCCGGCAUUGCAAGGUAUUUACAUGCCAGAUAUGCUAAACAUAUGUAUGCCCCUUCAUGCUUCAGCCACUAUUCCAGAGGACAUGCUUCCAUGCUGAUGAUACUUGAUAAAAAAAUAAUGCGUUAAUUAAAUUAAAUUAGUGACUGAACUCUUUGGGGGAGAACUGUACAUAUCCUGCUCUGUUUUACCCACAUUCUGCCAUAUAUUUCAUGUUAAAGCAGUCUCGGAUGAUGACCCAGCACGUUGUUCAUUUUAAGAACACUUUCACUGCAGAUUUGACAAAAUACAAAGGUACCAAUGUGAGAUUUACAAAGAUAGCUACAGUAUUUGAACCAAGGUUUAAGAAUCUGAAGUGCCUUCCAAAAUCUGAGAGGGACGAGGUGUGGAGCAUGCUUUCAAAAGUCCUAAAAGAGCAACACUCUGAUGCGAAAACUACAGAAGCCGAACCACCAAAAAAAAAACCACCCAAAAAGAACAACAAAAAACCUUCUGCUGGUGGCAUCUGACUCAGAUGAUGAAAAUGAACAUGCCUCAAUCCGCACUGCUUUGGAUUGUAUCAAGCAGAACCCAUCAUCAGCAUGGAUGCAUGUCCUCUGGAAUGGUGGUUGAAGCAUGAAGGGACAUACGAAUCUUUGGCGCAUCUGGCACGUAAAUAUCUUGCGAUACCGGCUACAACAGUGCCAUGAGAACGCCUGUUCUCACUUUCAGGUGACAGUGUAAACAAGAAGAGGGCAGCGUUAUCUCCUGCAAAUGUAAACAAACUUGUUUGUCUGAGUGAUUGGCUGAACAAGAAGUAGGACUAAGUGGACUUGUAAGCGCUAAAGUUUUACAUUGUUUUGUUUUUUCGUGCAUUUUUUUUUGUACAUAAUUCUACAUUUGUAAGUUCAACUUUCAUGAUAAAGAGAUUGCGCUACAGUACUUGUAUUAGGUGAACUGAAAAAUACUAUUUCUUUUGUUUUAUAUAGUGCAAAUAUUUGUAAUCAAAAAUAAAUAUAAAGUGAGCACUGCACACUUUGUAUUCUGUGUUGUAACUGAAAUCAGUAUGUUUGAAAAUGUAGAAAACAUCCAAAAAUAUUUAAAUAAAUGGUAUUCUAUUAUUAACAGUGCGAUUAAUCACAAAUAAUUUUUUUAAUUGCUUGACAGCCCUACUAAAUACUAGAUACAGCAGGAAGAACAGGAGGACUUGUGGCACCUUAGAGACUAACACAUUUAUUUGAGCAUAAGCUUUCGUGAGCUACAGCUCACUUCAUCGGAUGCAUACAGAUACAGCAGGGGAAGUUUUCAAAUUGGAGUGUGGGACUUAAGCCCAUUGUUCCAAUCAAAGUUGAUGGGAACCCUGGGGUUAGCUUUCCAUUCCCUUCUGUAAACAUCUCCCUUGCCAUCUCUUAGCUGGAUACAGGCUAAGAUAGCAGAACAGGUGUCAGAGACCAAUCAGAGGGGAAGUUAAUUCUUGUGCAGGAGAAAAGAUUUGUUCCCAUUACACACAUCGUGCUGGGGUGUCAGGACUGCAGAGCCAAGCACAGUACCAGUCAAACCUGCUAGAACCUGCCAAUUAGAAGACAAGUUUAUUCUUCUCUAAGAAGAAUUAAAAUGUCUAUGAUGGUGUUCAGGCCUCUGGCAUAGAGCCUGUCUUUAUGGAAUAACCUAGAGGGCAGGGUGGAACCCAGCAUUCAGUCAUACGCUGUUCAUCGCCCCCAUACUCCUUCACCACACAGAACAACCACCCCCCUACUCACCAGGGGGAUAAUGAAACUCUGUGUGAGCUCCAGCAGGUGGCGCCUCAAAAGGGCACUUUGGACUUCAGAUGGGCGCUUCCUCUGAACCCCCUGCAGGUAGAGAGCGAAGUUACAGCGCAGGGGAAGAGCUCAUGAAGAAACCAUUUAACAGCCAGCAGCUUUAGUAGGCAAGAGCUGAGGUUAUGCAUGUGUGCGCAGUUCUCAGCAAAACACGGCAGCUGCAUUCAGCCAGUCAAGGGGCAGACUGGAAAAGAAUAAUUUUGUGCACUCUCCCAAGCUUGGCCCAGAAUACAAGCUCCACUCACUAAAGUGAGAUGCCACUCACCUAGACAAGAUUGUUUAGAUCUGCCUAAUAUGGUCAUCCCUCUCCUUUUUUGCUAGCAAUGUUAACGGUUAAGACAUCAUUAGGCUCCAGAGCUCAAUCAAGUGAAAUAAUCUUCUGAGAAGAGCGUCCCAGUAAUUUUAACCCACUCUUGGAUAGCCUGGACUAAACCAUGACUGCGGUCAGGGUGAAGUCAAAGACCUCGGGCCAAAGGGAAAACCAGUACUAUUUCUCCUUUGGGCUUCAAUAGUUUAAUCCAGACUUUAGCACUGCUUUUCUACAGCGCUAUACAGGAUGGGGGAUAGGGAUAGGAAAUGCUCACCUUUAACAAUCUCUUUAUCAGGGUUUUGUCUUUGUGCAGAAAUGUCUUGUAAGAGGUGUAGAUUCCUAGAUUAAAAACACAGAAAUGCUUAAAAACAAAUCACAUCCCGCUGCCAGUUUCUCAAGGUCACAUCAUUGUGCAGUAAAGCCUUGUUCACAAGCAGGGGAGGUGAAUUUCCCAAUCUCAACUCUGGCUAGUUAGAGAAAAAGCUCUGACGACAGAACCCUCCUCAAAUGACAAGAGUUGCUGCCACAACAGCACUCACAGUAGGAUUAACCUUAGAGACCUUCCGACUGCCCUAAGGCACCCCCCCCCCACCCCCAAAAGAAAAUGUCACAGAAAAAGACACGUAACCAGCAGCAUUAGCUCAGGACUAGACUUGAGUUGAAUAGUUCAGUGGUGUUAGAUAGCUGUAUCUACCUAAAUAGGUACUUAUGGGUCCCUUCACCGUAUCUGAUAGCCUCCCAAAUACUCAAUAGAAAUUAUAUAAAUUUCUCUCCACUCCCAACCUGCAGAUUAAAUAGCCUGAUUAAUAUCUGAGAGGGAGGGGAUGUGUUGUGUGUCUGUGACAAGAACAUAUUGAAAGUCUCAGCAUGAGUUCUGAGCAUGGUGAGGCCUGUGGCCUCAUCUCCUGCAGAAAUGAAUUCAUAAGAACAGCCAUACUGGGCCAGACCAAUGGUCCACCUAGCCCAGUAACCUGUCUCUGGCAGUGGCCAGUGCCAGCUGCUUCCAAGGGAAUGAACAGUACAGGGCAAUUUUGAGUGAUCCAUCUCCUGUCACCGAGUCCCAGCAUCUGGCAGUUGGAGGUUUAGGGAUACAUGGGGUUGCAUCCCUGAUCAUCUUGGCUAAUAGUCAUUGAUGGACCUAUUCUCCAAGUCUAGGCUCAGCUCCCCUGAAAGUUCUGUCUCUCCCCUCACAAGCCUCUCCCUAUUAGCCAACAGCUUCAUUUCCCCAAUGGAACAGAACUGUCCUGGGAAGUCAUGGCAGGGGAGCCAACCGCUCAGAUAGUUAGGGUCAGUUCCAGAGAGGGGACUACAAACUGGACUGUCAGUGGGGAGCCAGUGCAGAGUGCAGAGCACCAUCACGAUGUAUUCAUGUGAUCUUGUUGCUAAGCGGGCAGGCUGUGCAUUUUUCAGAGCGAGAGGCUUUGUUAGUGUAUUAGGUAUAGAGAGUUUAUCACCUGCUCAUGGAUCACUGUGACCAAGUCGGUGGCUGAAAGAAUGAGGCAGUGUCUUCGGGCUAGGUGCAGAUGGACAUGGGUGCUUUUUGCCACUUUCAGGACUCGUUUGGCCUGAGGCAGGCCAAGCCAACCAACACCCAUAGUGGGUUUAACCAGAUGCGACAAUUAAAGGAAACUUAUACACAAGUCAAACAUUCCGAUGCGUCACUCCCCAGCACGUGUUUUUACACCUCUCUUCCCACCAACUGAUGUUUCCUUAGAAAUGCUAAUUCACUGCAAAGAGGCUAGAGCCCCAGACUUCCUGCAAAUCUGUGAAGACUCAGGGUGAGUCUACACUGCAAAUAAAGACCCGUGGCAGCAAGUCUUUGAGCCCAAGUCAACUGACUCAGGCUCGUGCUAUGGGGCUAAAAAUAGCAGUGUAGACGUUCCCACGCAAGCCGGAGCCUGGGCUCUGAAACCCUUCAGGGGCAGGUCCCAGAGCCCAAGUGUCUACACGACUAUUUUUAGCCCCGUAGGGCAAGUCCCACAAGCUUGAGUCAGUUGACCUGGGCUCUGAGUCUCAUUGUUGCUGAUAUAGCUCCUGUGUCUGGGGCCAGGGGCCCUCUUAUUUCAUGUGAGCUGCAAUGCCUAGGCACAAUGGGGCGAGUUAAGGGAAGCAGAAGCGAAGCUUGAGUUGUAUCACUGAACUGCAGAGAUAAGAGUAGACACACCGAGGGAGGGGGAACAGACCGGUGAUUCAGUCCGGCCACAGACCCCUGGAGACAGAACAGCCCCACAAAACACUGCUAAACCCCACCGUCUUCAGCUGGUCAGAGCUAUAAAGCUACACAUCGGGCUACACAAGUACUUCCCAACAACCACCGGGAGAAACCUCUAAUGAGGCUUCUACCAUCUCCAAGGCUUCUCCUUCCUCACACAGAGUCGCCCUAAGGGGGGUUUCUAAAACCAGGUGGGGGGGCCGCCUUCCACAUUUUCUGUGAUUUUUUCUGUAUCAGAAGCCUUUAGAUGGCCCAGUAAUAACAAUGGAGAGCUCAGGAGAGCGCAAGUCAGGAAGGACACUCACAUAACCGUAAAGAAUUACUGCACAGCAGCAGAGGAGCUGGAAGAAGUUACAGCUCUGGAGUUGCUCUCAGUUGAGGCAGAGGACAAUCCCCACAACAAACACAUUGCUGCAAAGCCUUCAAACUCAGCAAAGAGGAAGGAUAAAUGCAAUUAAACCAAAACUGACGUUAAAUGGGAAUUACCCGGCUUAGUGUCCAGAGUUUUCAGUUUGGUUAGUUUCUUCACCUUGACUUGUUUGGGUAAGUCACCUGUGGAAAGACACACAGUGUCUAAUACCAGGUUAUAAAGGCUGCAAUUCUAGCCUCAUAGCCACAGCACACAUGUGGGAGGACUCGCACUUUAGACCAUCCAUGCCAAACUUGCAAAACUUAAACUGUAUCCUCCUGUGAUAUGAAUACUAAGCUAGUGCUGGUAUCCCAACUGCUACAGGGAGCUUUCAGACCUGCCUCUGCCAGCCCACGGUGGUGACAGGAAAAAAGGUAAUAACAAGAGAGUCGUGUAGAGAAGAACUCCUCAGCCCAACCUACAGCAGCGCUCUUCGUUUUUCAGAAAAUAAAACCAGUGUCUGUCUA